UAAUAAUAAUAGAAUCCAUGAACUUGCAUACUUGAAUUGACUUUCUUUGUCUCUACCUCUGGUCUGGGUCUGAGGUUGAAUUCUGUUCAAUCAUCACAACAGAAAAAUGGAAAGUGAGGAACUGAGAUUCUUUGAGUUAAACACAGGAGCUAAGAUUCCAUCUGUUGGUUUAGGCACUUGGCUUGCUGAACCUGGUGUUGUCUAUGAUGCUAUUUCCACUGCUGUCAAUGUUGGAUAUCGUCAUAUAGAUUGUGCUCAAUAUUAUGGCAAUGAAAAGGAGAUUGGUGAUGCCUUGAAGAAGUUGUUUGCUAAUGGAGUUGUUAAGCGUGAAGAGAUGUGGAUCACAUCCAAGCUGUGGAAUACCGAUCACUUGCCGGAAGACGUCCCUAAGGCAUUUGGUAGAACUUUACGCGAUUUGCAGCUUGACUAUCUUGAUCUCUACCUUAUACACUUUCCAGUCAGCAUGAAAAAUGGACAGCUUACCAAACCCGACAUACCAAGCACAUGGAAAGCAAUGGAGACACUCUACGAUUCCGGCAAGGCUCGAGCUAUAGGAGUCAGCAAUUUCUCUGUAAAGAAGCUUCAGGAUCUGCUGGAUGUGGCACAUGUUCCUCCAGCUGUUAACCAAGUUGAAUUGCAUCCUUCAUUGCAGCAACCGAAUUUACAUGCUUUCUGUAAAUCCAAGGGAAUUCACUUAUCUGGUUAUUCACCACUAGGUAAAGGACCUAAGAGUAAUAUUCUUAAAAAUCCAGUUCUGGACACGACUGCUGCGAAGUUAGGGAAGACUCCGGCACAAAUAGCCCUUCGAUGGGGACUACAAAUGGGUCACAGUGUCCUUCCGAAGAGCACAAAUACUGCGAGGAUCAAGGAAAACAUUGAUCUAUUUGACUGGUCUAUACCAGAAGAUUUGCUAGCUAACUUCAAUGAAUUUAAGCAGGAGAGAGUAGUUUCAGGAACACAAUAUGUUAGCAAGACAUCUCCAGGGUACAAAACAACUGAAGAACUUUGGGAUGGCGAGUAAGAGACAGGUUCCAUAUAAGCCACUGUUUUUCUGCUUUUGAGAUUGUUGUAAUACUUUGGGAAUUAUUAUGUGUUAUUGAGGAUUUGGUCUUGGAGUAUAAUAAGAGAUUUGGGAUUUAAAACCUCUUUGUAUUAACUUAUUUGAGUUAACGUGUUGGCAUAAGCACUUGUGAGAUUGUAUGGGAGAUCGACUUAAUGAGAGAGCUUAUGACAUGUCUAAACA